AGCCGCCGAAAACAGCCGCGUUGCCGGGAUGCACAGGUCUCCUACCUCCGCGCUAACUUGGCCAGCCCGGGGAACAUUAUUCGUUCUUCUUCGUGGUAGCCAAGGUCAGUUCCCCAUAACUCAGAAUGUGACGGUGGUGGAGGGGGGCGCAGCCAACAUGACCUGUCGUGUGGAUUACAAUGAUAACACUUCCCUCCAGUGGUCAAACCCUGCACAACAGACCCUAUUCUUUGGGGACAAGAAAGCUCUGAGGGACAACAGAAUCGAGCUGGUGCGAGCCUCGUCGCAGGAGCUCACCAUCAGAAUCGGUGACGUCAGCCUGUCAGACGAGGGCCAGUACACCUGCUCGCUCUUCACCAUGCCUGUCAAGACCACCAAGGCCUUCCUCACUGUGCUGGGAGUGCCAGGACGACCAGAGAUCACAGGAUUCACCAAGCCUGCCAUGGAGGGGGACGUAAUCACCCUGAUGUGCAGCACACCGGGCAGCAAACCAGCUGCUAAUAUCCGGUGGUUCCGAAAUGACAAGGAGGUCCAAGGCACUAAGGAGCUGAAUGUCACAGGAAAAUCCUUCACAGUGAGGAGUAGCCUCCAGUUCCAGGUGGACAGACGGGACGAUGGCGUCGCCUACACCUGCAGCGUGGAGCAUGUGUCUCUGUCCAACCCCUACAUGACAACCGAGGUCCUGGAGGUCCACUAUGCUCCCCACCUGGAGAUCACACAUUCACUGAUUAUUCCACAGGAAGGGCAAUACUUCAAAUUGGAGUGUGUGUCCAUAGGCAACCCAAUACCUGAACCGGUGCUGUGGUCUAAAGAUGGAGGAGAGCUGCCAGACAUUGAGCGUAUGAUUGUGGAGGGCAGGGAACUAACCAUCACCACACUAAAUAAAACAGACAAUGGCACAUACCGCUGCGAGGCCAGCAACCACCUGGGGACCAGCAGUGCUGAAUAUAUACUUUUUGUAUACGAUCCUAAUGCUUUAGGACAACAUGGACCUGACCACGCUUUAAUCGGCGGUGUUGUUGCAGUCGUGGUCUUCAUCACAUUGUGUCUGAUAAUAGUUCUCGGACGAUAUCUGGCCAGACAUAAAGGGACGUACCUAACACACGAGGCCAAAGGAGCAGAGGAUGCCCCAGACGCAGACACAGCCAUCAUCAAUGCUGAGGGAAACCAUGUUCAUGCAGAGGAAAAGAAAGAGUACUUCAUUUAGACUUCUGUUACUCUUUUCCUUUUUUUCUGUUUCAUGAGAAUUUUUGACAGCAGACAUGCAAUUUUAAGCUGCCUCGGCAUCACAACAUGUGCUGUUUUACUUUACUUAUUAUUCUUUUGUCUUCUCCAGAAAGCUCAUGCUCGGAUAUGCUUUGCUUUGCUGACAAUUCUCCUUUUGUAACCAAUGUAAACCAUGUACAAUUGGAUUGUUUUCGUUUCAGUUUUACGGUGCCUAAAUGCUUUCUUUUUCUGCAUUUCUUUCAUCGCUUGCAUUAGCUUUUUUUCUCUACCAUCUUACUGUAUCUGUUAUACAACUUUUUGCAAAUUUUUUUUUUUUUUAUUAGUAUUCUGAAGCAACAAGAAAUGGGCUUCAACAGAAGUUUGAGUCAAGUCUUAGCUUUCCGAAAUGUUUUGCUUUAAGAGCAGAAUAUGUAAAAUACAUCAAUUUUAUCAAACAAACAGGAUUAAAUAGUGGUUUUGGAUGUUGCCUGGAGCUUACCCCACCACAGCCAUACUGUAUACAUUCAAAAAAAAGUCAUAAAACUGACCAGACACUUUGACAAAACAAAAUAUAACUGAAGCACAAUCUGUGUGAUUGUCUCUAGAUGAAAUCAAGUCCCUCUCAGCACUGUCUGUAUAUUUCUGCAUUGAUUUACGGUACUUUCAGUUUUUGCUCAUGUUGUUGAUUUGUACCAACAGAGAAAAAGUUAGAAAAUUAAAAGCACAAAGUCUGAGGACUAACACGGAAGGGAAAACACAUCAACCGUUUCUUGUCUCAGGAUUCAAUAUGAUUCUAGAUAGAGAGAUGGUGUCAGACAGGUGAUGAAGAUUUCAGUACACUUGCAGUUAACGUCGUGGAUGAGGAACUUUCAUUUUGGUUGGCAAUUUGAUGUAAGGUCCAAACUGAGUGAGUGGAACCUUCCGGGGGUUCAUUAUUCAUGUUGAAUUUUAUUGAACAACUAUGCUCAAUGUGUGGAUAUUGCUGUAAAAUACUUUGCUAACGUGAAUAUUGGUGAACAAUACUGUUGAAUCUUGGGAUCCCUGACAUAUUACAAUGUGUAUAUUAGAAUAUGCAUUAUUUAAAGUAUUCCACAAGUCUUAUAUUUGUUUUCCAUUUAUCUAUUGAGAGGUUGUUUUUUGCCAGGCGGCAUGUAAAUAUUGUGUAAGUAUUCAAUUUUAGUCAAAGAUAAAACACUGGUUUUAGCUUUUCAUUUCAGGUCUUAUCUGUUCCCAUCACUUUGAUGAGAUCCUUUUCACAUUUUUGAAGAUUUUUUUCAAACAGGGAUUCUGAUAAAUUGCUCAAAAUGUAAAAAAGAA